CUAAAAUCGCCGAAUGACUCCUCAAUUUUCUGUCAACAAAAAGCAGCUCAUUUCAAAGUAAAUAAUUCAAGAAAUACAUCGAAAAUGGAAUCAAUAGCCACCGAAUCGGGUAAAAUCGUUAAAAUGGAAGUUGAUUAUAGCUCAACUUGUGACGAAAAAAUCCCAGAAUGCAAAAACCUAGCAAAAUCAGGUAAAAUGCACGAUGCUCUCGACAUCCUCCUCGCCCUCGAGAAACAAACUCGAACGGGGGCCGAUAUGGUUUCAACGGGAAGAGUUUUAGUCGCAAUCGUUCAAAUAUGCCGAGAAGCUAAUAAUUGGAAUGCCCUUUUCGAACACAUAACCUUACUUUCGAAACGCCGUUCGCAAUUAAAACAAGCCGUCGCUAAAAUGGUUCAAGAAUGUUGUGUUUAUGUUGAUGAAACCCCUGAUAAAGAAACAAAGGUUAAAUUAAUCGAUACGUUAAGACAAGUAACGGAAGGGAAGAUUUACGUUGAAGUUGAACGGGCUCGAUUAACUCAUAAAUUAGCUAAAAUUCGUGAAGAGGAGGGAAAUAUUACGGAAGCCGCUAACAUUAUUCAAGAACUGCAAGUUGAAACUUACGGCUCGAUGGAUAAACGAGAAAAAGUUGAGUUGAUUUUAGAGCAGAUGAGGUUAUGUUUGGCGAAACAAGAUUACAUUCGUACUCAGAUUAUUUCGAAAAAAAUUAACACCAAAUUUUUCGAAGACGAAAAACAACAAGAUCUUAAAUUAAAAUAUUACAAGUUAAUGAUGCAACUUGAUGAACAUGAUGGUUCUUAUUUAGCAACUUGUAAACAUUACCGAGCUGUUCUCAACACUCCUUCAGUGCAAAAUGUCCCCGCCGAUCGUCAAGAAGCGACAAAAGCUGUUGUUUUAUACCUAAUUUUGGCCCCAUAUGAUAAUGAACAAUCUGAUUUAACCCAUAGAGUAUUAAGUGAUAAAGCUCUCGAGGAAAUCCCACAAUUCAAACAACUCCUAAAAUUAUUUACAACUCCGGAAUUAAUCAAAUGGUCGGGCUUAUGCGAAUUAUACGAAGAAGCAUUAAAAGGAACGAAUGUUUUUAGCGGAAGUGAUCAAGCUAAACAACGCUGGAAGGAUAUGAGAAGCCGUGUUGUUGAACACAACAUCCGUGUGAUGGCCCAAUAUUACACCAGAAUUAAAGUAGCCCGUAUGGCCGAAUUAUUAGAUUUAAGCAUCGCGGAAACUGAAGAAUUUUUAUCGCAAAUGGUUGUUAAUAAAAGCGUACAAGCAAAAACCGAUCGUCCUUCGGGAGUGGUUCAUUUCCAACAAAGUAAAGAUCCAAGUGAUGUACUUAACGAUUGGGCACAUGAUUUAUCAUCGUUAAUGCAAUUGGUGAAUAAAACGACUCAUUUAAUUAAUAAAGAGGAGUGUGUGCAUAAGCACCUCGCUGUAAACGCUUAACUAUUAAUGUUUUUGAUUUUGUAAUUUAAAUUUAAUUAAAUAAAGAUUAGUAAAAGGAAA